CCGCCGCAGGCCCAGCCCUGAGAGGGGGGCCCCGCCGCCGCCGCCGCUGCUGCCACCCGCGCGCGCCACUCCAGGGACCGUCCCCGCGCGGCUCCGGGCCACCAUGGCGCGCCGGGCUGUCCUCGCGCUGCUGCUGGUCAGCCUGCUGGGCUUGCUGGUGUCCUCCGAAAACGGAGAUUUUGAUUUGUCAGACGCCGUUCUUGAGGAUGAUAAGAAACCGACUCCUCCACCCCCCAAAAAACCCGGUGCCGACGAUGACUUCAAUUUGGAAGAUGCCCUUGGGGGUGGAGGAAGCAAUGACCCUGCGCCACCCGCCCCACCCAAGCCACGACCUCCUCCAAACCCCAACCAGCCUGGAUCAUCUGGUGGAUUUUCAGAUUCCGACCUCGUUGAUGGGGAUUCAGGUGGAGCAGGUGGUGGAGGCGGCGGUGGCCAUGGAGGCCAGGGUCACGGCAGCGGGGAGCAAGCCGACUCCCCCGGGGUGGUCCCCGGCAUCGUGGGGGCCGUCGUGGUCGCUGUGGCCGGAGCCAUCUCUAGCUUUAUUGCCUACCAGAAAAAGAAGUUGUGUUUCAAAGAGAAUGCCGAGCAAGGGGACGUCAACAUGGAAAACCAUCACAGCACCAACGCCGAGCCAGCCGUUCAGCGGACUCUUCUGGAGAAAUAGAAGCUGGGCGGGAAGAGCAGCUCUGACAUCCGCAGCGGCGUUCCCAGCCUUGCCUGCUGCCCCUGUCGGAAGACGGCCCUCGGGAGGGGAGGACAGAGCCGCCCCCGGGAGCCGGCCUGUCCCGUUCACACCUCCGCUCCAGUCGGAUGCUCUGUUUUAAUUUUGACAUGUGUGCACCCGUCUCCCUGCCGGGUAGAUGAUGUGGACUGACAAUGAGUUUUGCAUCCAGAGGGGACCUGCAUUUGCCUUCUCCAUGGCCCUUAGGGGUUUCCGGUGUCAUGUGCAAAGCAGGCCACCACAAAGUCAUUCGAAUAUCGACCCCACUGAAGUUCCCCUGAGGGGAAACUCUGGGCCAUUUGCAAAGGGCAUUGAACCCGCCUGAGACCUCCCUAACAUUGACCGUUUUAUAGAGUGAGGUAAGCCUUCCGUUAGUUUCCUCCAAAUUUCUUUCAUUGGUUAGGACUUUUUUUUUUUUUUUUUUUCCACACCAGACGAAUAAAAAGAAAUUAGAAACCGAGUACUUUUUACUUAAAUGUUUCGCUCUGGGGUGACUUUUAAAGAAGGCUGUGAAGACUAGUGGGAUGGAUCCCAUGUUCCCCUUUCUGGGCUGUAGGACGAAUGAUCCACCUGAGUGCCAGCUCUUUAUUUCCAGGGUUUUCUUUCUCUGCCCUUUUCCUUUAGCUUGCCUUGUCGUAUCGGCGACAAGUAUUUCUCAGUGUUGAGAUAUUCCCCGGAAUCAGAUACUCCCCUGCAUCAGAUACUCCCCUGCGUCAGAUACUCCCUCAUAUCGGAUGCUCUCUGCAUCAGAUACUCCCCUGCAUCAGAUACUCCCCUGCAUCAGAUACUCCCCUGCAUCAGAUACUCCUCUGCAUCAGAUACUCCCCUGCAUCAGAUACUCCCCUGCAUCAGAUACUCCCUCGCAUCAGAUACUCCCCUGCAUCAGAUACUCCCCCUAAGCAGAUACUCCCCUGCGUCAGAUACUCCCUCGUAUCGGAUGCUCUCUGCAUCAGAUACUCCCCUACAACAGAUACUCCCCUGCAUCAGAUACUCCCCUGCAUCAGAUACUCCCUCGUAUCGGAUGCUCUCUGCAUCAGAUACUCCCCCUCAGCAGAUACUCCUCUGUAUUAGAUACCACCUGCAUCAGAUACUCCCCCUCAGCAGAUACUCCUCUGUAUUAGAUACCACCUGCAUCAGAUACUCCCCCUCAGCAGAUACUCCUCAGUAGAUACUCCCUCAGCAAAUACUCCUCCUCAUCAGAUACUCCUCUGUAUCAGAUACCAUCUGCAUCAGAUACUCCCCCUCAGCAGAUACUCCUCAUCAGCAGAUGUUCCUCUGGAUCAGAUACUCCCUGCAUCAGAUACUCGCCUUCAGUAGAUACUCCUUUGUGUCUGAUACUCCCUGCAUCAGAUACUCCUCCUCAUCAGAUACUCCUCUGUAUCAGAUAGUCCUCCUCAUCAGAUACUACUCCUCAUCAGAUUCUCCUCUGUAUCAGAUACUCCCUGCAUAAAAUACUCACCUUCAGCAGGUACUCCUUUGUGUCUGAUACUCUCUGUAUCAGAUACUCUCCUUCCGCAGAUACUCCUCCUCAUCAGGCACUCCUCUGUAUCAGAUACUUCUCCUCAUCAGAUACUUCUCUGUAUCAGAUACUCCCUGCAUCAGAUACUCCCCCUCAGCAGAUACUCCUCAUCAGCUACUCCUCUGUAGCAGAUACUCCCUACAUCAGAUACUCCUCCUCAGCAGAUACUCCUCUGUAUCAGAUUCUCCCCUGCAUCAGAUACUCCCCCUCCCCACACACAUCAGAUACUCCCCCUCAGAAGAUGCUCCUCCUUAUCAGAUACUCCCCUUUCGUUCUUCCACGUGAGUGAAUGCCAUGAAUUUGUGAACUGUUUUUUUUUUUUUUUUUAAUCAUCUUUCCAAAAUGUAUAACUGCUUUGAUGUGAGAGCUCAGUUUAACCGCAGGGUAGAACUGCUCUUUGGCAGAGAAUCUCCUUAGAUCCUUUCCGACAGCUUGGAAGGAACUGAAGGCAGUCUUCCUCCUUGCCAUGAGCGACGACUCCUCCACGUUUAGAAGCCUUUCCCCAUCUCGGGCGAUGCACACGCUCCAGUGCUUCCAAAAAUGCGUGCUUUUAUAGAGAAGCUUGGAAAGGGCUUUGCUUGCACUUUUGUGUUGACCUCAGAAAGUCGAGAAGCCCUGAUAUUGUAGACGGCGUGGACCUCAUCCAUAAAGUUCCCUCCGCCGAAAAAUUAGGAUGUCUUCAGUCUGCCUUGCAGCGGCGCUAACAAAAGCUCUUAGGAUAGUUACCCGCAGAAUGAGAAUACUUAAUCUUGUCACUCGUAGCGGUGUUAGGAGCUGCUGCUUGCGGGCAAAGUCAGGUUCCACGCAAGUCUCUCCCUCUUCAAAGGUGGGCUGUUAUUUCCCCACCUGUGUGGGCUGCCAGCACGGAUCUCCGGAUGUGGGGAAAGGGCUGGGAUGGAGACGUCAGCCGUCCAUUCUGGGUCUUUCGCUCUUUGAAGCUCAUCAGCCCCGCCCGUAGUUUGGCAGGUGGGCAUCGGCCGUGUCCCCCUUCUGUCGAGGCCUCCAGCCCUCCCCACACCCACAUCCGUUCACGGGUCCUUGCUUCUCUCCUUGUCUAAAAGCUCCCAGAGCUUGAGUCUCAAGAUAUCAAUGAGGACCAUUGUCGGGCUCUUUCGGUAUUUGUUGUUUUUCUGUGUUUGAGCGUGUGAAACAGGCUGAAGAAAGGAUCGAGACCCCUGGUUAUUUAUCAUUUGCAUUCAUUGUUUUGGGCAACCAACGCCUAUUGGCCUCCCUCUGGGGCCCAGGUGCAUACAGUGGAGGACACGACAUCCUGGAUUCUAGAGGGUGUAACAGACGUGUCUCUCAUCCAUCAAAUGAUGAGGUCAGUCAACUCUCAUGGGCUGAGGUCUGCCUUCUCCAGUACGACUGGGUCCUGUUGUUAACUAGCUCGGAACAUUUGGGUUAAAAAGAGGUAUCGUUCUUGGAGAACAGCCACAUUCCUCCCCAACGAAGCAUCAAGGAUUGCCUUUGAGGUCAGAUUCUGCACACCGACUUGCUUUAUAAUAAGGAGAAAAAAAUGCAUCAACCUCUUUGUAACUCUGUGAAUAACAUUGACGUGUUUGUAAGCCUUGCAAUCGUAUUAUCAGCAUAAAUGUCUCAUGAAAGAAGAGAAUAGCGAAAGAAUGGGUAUUUUUUGUAAACGUAUAUGAAAUUAUGACUCAUUCAUAAAUAAAUCUGUACAUUUAAGAAAUA